AUGGAUCCCAAUCUGAAACUCAAUCUUCAUGACGGAGACUUACUCCCUGAUCCAUCAAUGUACAAAAGAUUAAUUGGUAGAUUGCUUUAUUUGACCAUCUCACGACCUGAUAUCACCUUUGUUGUGAAUCGAUUAAGUCAAUAUAUGAAAGAACCUAGAGUUCCUCACCUACAUGUUGUUUAUCAUCUUCUACAGUAUAUCAAAUUUGCUCCUGGACAAGGUUUGUUUUUCCCUGCUCAGAACUCUCUCAACCUCACUGCCUUUGUUGAUGCUGAUUGGGCCAGCUGUGUUGAUACCAGAAGAUCCACUUCUGGCUUUUGUGUCUUUAUGGGAAACAACCUUCUUUCUUGGCAUUCUAAGAAACAACCCAUUGUUUGA